UGACGAGGUUGGACGCUGGCGCAUGCAGCGACGCGCACCGAUUCGCAUGAAGGACGUGGGAUACUACACAGUGGCCACCACCACGCACCCCCACUGGCCAAGCAGUACAUGUGACCUAAUCCAAAUAAGCCCAAGCAAAAGCGGCCCGGCCGGCGCGCGCAUCUCCGCCGCGUCCUCUUGUCCCCGUCCCCCGCAGAACCACCUCGCCGCCGCCAGCCCGCCACCCAUGCACGCAAAGGUGCCGCCCCGCCCCGCGCGCCCGGCCCUCACGUCGUCAACCCGCACUCGACGACGACGGACGCCGCACCAUGCAUGCGCGCGCGAUUGCGCGUGCUUCGCCGGCCCCCUCGUCCCCGUCGGCAACGACGACGACAGACUCGGCUGACGAGAGCCGCACUGGCCGGGGGCAGGGCAUGCAGUGCAGCGCGCGCCCACACAACACACGACGACGUACGCCAGCCACGGCAACCGCACCAACCACAAAGGCAGGAGAGAAUUCAUUGCCAGAACCCCACCGGAGUUAACACGCGAGCCCCACACCGGCACACACAGCUAGCUAGCAGCUCGAUCGAUCGAUCGAAUCGAUCGCCGGCCAGCCAGCCAGCCAGGGCGCUUGCCUGCUGCACGGCAGACGGCACCCCCCCGGCACUGCACCCGUGACGUGAUGUCCUCAGCUGACAACAGCUAGCUAGCCCGUACGUCCUGUGCAGUCAAGCACGUACACACCUGCUGCUUCUAACAUCAGCUCGAUCGCUAGCUGGUGUCCUACUUGUAUUGUUACGUCCCUGCACAGAGAGAGAGAGAGAGAGGCAGCAGGGACAGGUGAGGCCGGGAUUGAUGGCGGGGACGGCGGCGGCGUCGUCGGGCGCGGCGAUGCUGUGCGGCAAGGAGGAGAAGGUGCUGGGGGUGCAGAAGGCGCCGGGGAGCUGCCCCUACUGCGGCGGCGGGGUGGCGGCCACGGACGUGGAGGCCAAGUGGGUGCUCUGCUGCCUGCCGCUCUGCCGCAAGACCAAGCGGAGGUUCGCCUGCACCGCCUGCGCCAGGCGCCUCGUCACCUACCCGGCCAUUCUCCAUGACUAGAGGAACAAGAUCGACAUCGAUCGUCGCCCGCCCGGCCGGGUCCGUCCGUUCUUCUGCCCUUCAUCAUCGAUCUCCGGCGGCACUCCUCCGAUGAUCUCCAGACGAAGCGAAGCGAUCCAACAGAUGUGGCUUUGGUGGUCGCGCCCGUCGUCUUGGUAAGAAGUUGAACUCGAAAUUGAACUUGUUGGCAACUUUAGCCUACUAGCUAGCUAGAUCGGUUUUCAGUGCGGAUAUAUAUAUAUGCUCUCUUGGCGUUCUUGCUAUAAAAUGAGAUCGAAGGCCCGUCGUGGUUAAGCUAUC